GUAUCAGUGAGCUUUCCUCAUUCACCUAACCAGAAAGAUCAAUUUCAUGGAGUCUCACUCUCUAUCUUCUCAAACCAUUCGCGCCAAAUUACCUACACAAUCUCUUCCUCGUGCCUUCAAUGGACCAAACCCUAAAUCUCUCUUCUCAUUGCCUUCUUUUCCAAGUCGUAUUUCUCCGAUGAUGCCUCUUCUCACAUCUUCACGGCGUCUGGAAAUCCACCGCCGGAGUACCUCGUUUACUCGGCAGACUUCGAAUUCGAGCUCAAAAUUCCGCGCACGUGCUGUGGGAAGUGAUUCUGGCCGCCAAUUGGAUGUGACUAGAGAGCUAAUCGUUCUGAACUCUGCUUUGACUUUGGUGCUUGGUGUUGGGAAUCGGGUGCUUUACAAACUUGCGCUUGUUCCGAUGAAGGAGUACCCGUUUUUUCUAGCUCAGGUUACUACUUUUGGGUACUUGGCUAUUUAUUUAUCCAUAUUGUAUGCGAGAUAUCGUGCUGGUAUUGUAACAAAGGAGAUGGUGGCCUAUCCAAAAUCACGUUUUUUGCUCAUUGGUUUCCUCGAAGCCCUUGGGGUCAUAUGUGGAAUGUAUGCUGGAGCCAUGCUUCCUGGACCAGCCAUACCAAUACUUAGUCAGACCUUCUUGGUAUGGCAGUUGACUCUCUCUGUGUUCAUUCUUGGACGAACAUACUCUUUGAAUCAAAUUGCCGGAUGUUUAUUGGUUGCUGCUGGAGUGGUACUAGCUGUAACAAGUGGAUCAGACUCCAACCAAAUGCUGGCAGGAAUUGCAUUUGUAUGGCCAGUAUUGAUGGUAGCUUCGAGCGCAUUCCAAGCCGGUGCAUCAAUUAUUAAGGAGUUCGUUUUUAUUGAUGCUGCUCGCCGACUCAAGGGGAAGGUGCUUGAUAUCUUUGUCGUCAAUUCUUUUGGAUCUGGAUUCCAGGCUCUGUUUGUUCUCCUUUUUCUGCCUUUUCUUUCGAACUUGAAGGGCAUACCAUUUUCUGAGCUCCCUUCAUUUCUUAAGAGCGGUGCUGGUUGCUUCUUCAACAUAGGGAACAAUGUUUCAGGUUGUGAUGGAGCACCGAUGCUACCCCUUCUUUACAUAUUUACAAAUAUUGCUUUCAACAUAUCAGCUCUCAAUCUUAUGAAGAUUUCAUCUGCUGUAAUCUCAUCCCUUGUUGUGAUGUCAUCAGUGCCUUUGUCAAUGUUUCUUCUCUCCAUGCCAUUGCCAUAUCUCCCACAAGGUUCAAGUUUGAGCCCUUUCUUCCUUCUCGGCAGUGCUGUCCUUCUCAUUGGUCUUAUCCUGUAUAACAUUCCACAGACUCAGAAGAAAGACACAGAAUUGUGACUCAUUUGAGUCAUUGCAACUGAUGUUCUUCUAUGGAGAUUCUGGAUAUAUGUUAGUCAUGAUCUCAGAAAGGCAUGGGGUCCAGAAGAGUCUAUAAUCUCCAUUACAAAGAUCCAUUCUGCCCUGGUCAUACAGUAUGGCCUUCCGCUAAAUGGAUCUGACAGUAUCAGGGUAACUUGACUAAUCCUUCCACUGGCUGUCAUCAUAGAUGAGCAACGCGAUUGCCAAAGGUACUUGCAAUGUUAAGAGACUGUCUUAGCGUAACAAGUGGAUUUUACAAUACCGAAGGGCGCUUGCUAUGACAUGGCUUAGUUGGGUUAAAGAAAUUAAAUUUUGGUGUAUAUGUUACUGAGGUUUGCAUGCACAAAAACAGUUGGUCGAUUCUUUUGGUAGACAGAAGAUACAGAAAUAAAACUUCUACA